AUGAAGUCAAAUGCCAAUGGAAUCUUCCAACUGUGUUAUCGCCACGCACAAAUUGUGUGCGCCGGCCACAUCAACCAACUGGAGUGUGACCUCGACAACAACCAACUGGAGUGUGACCUCGGCAACAACCAACUGGAGUGUGACCUCGGCAACAACCAACUGGAGUGUGACCUCGACAACAACCAACUGGAGUGUGACCUCGGCAACAACCAACUGGAGUGUGACCUCGGCAACAACCAACUGGAGUGUGACGUCGACAACAACCAACUGGAGUGUGACCUCGGCAACAACCAACUGGAGUGUGACCUCGGCAACAACCAACUGGAGUGUGACCUCGGCAACAACCAACUGGAGUGUGACGUCGACAACAACCAACUGGAGUGUGACCUCGACAACAAUCAACUGGAGUGUGACGUCGACAACAACCAACUGGAGUGUGACCUCGACAACGAUCAACUGGAGUGUGAGUGUGGCCUCGGCAGCAACCACCUGGAGUGUUUUGCUUCAGUAUACGCGACAUGCAACGACAGGAGACAUGAAUCACAAUCAUCUAUUGUACUGAGUUGGAAGAGAAGCUGA